GUUAUCAUUUAACAAGUAAUGAUUUUGUAAUUAAGGCUUAAAAGAUUCUAAAUUGUUACAAAGAUUAUAAAUUAUGGUUCUGUGGAUAAAGCAAUCAUUGAAUAAUCAGUAUGGGUGAUUUAAGUCAAGCAGAUAGUUCUUGGAAGAAAAUGGUUAUAGCUAAAACAAACAAUGAGUGGAAAUCAUCUGUCGGUGAAGAUGCGAAUGCAGCUAGUAACACUACACACUUUAGAUUAAGUGAUGAAUGCAUACAAUACGAUAACAUUAAAAAAGAAAUUGAGGAAAUUGAUGAACAAGAGACACUCAAUACCGUCGAGCCGGUCGAUAUGAUACAAGAAAUGGAUCCACUAUCAUUGUUGGAGCCUAAAGCGCGUAGACGAAGGAAAGGCUCAGGACCAAAGAGUGAAACAUCAGAAGAGAGAGCCGCACGGCUAGCCAAGAUGUCUGCAUAUGCAGCACAGAGGCUGGCAAAUGAGUCACCGGAACAGCGCGCCACUAGACUGAAGCGUAUGUCCGAAUAUGCAGCUAAAAGACUUUCAUCAGAGACGAGAGAACAGAGAGCGAUUAGGUUGGCAAGAAUGUCUGCAUAUGCAGCCCGUCGACUUGCUAAUGAGACCCCAGCACAAAGGCAAGCUAGACUAUUGAGGAUGUCGGCAUAUGCUGCGAAAAGGCAGGCUAGCAAGAAGUCUCUUAGUACAGUGAACGAUAGCUUGAAUUACAGUAUUAUGCCGAAUCAAAGUAGAGCAACUAAUCAUCCAUUCACUUAAAUUUUAUUUUUAAAUCACAGAAAAUUUCAUCACAAAGUUUUUUUUAGUUUUAAAAGUGAUAAUGUAAAUAAUAAUAUUAUUUUUAAUAAUUUAAUAACUGAUUGAAUAUUCUUGGUGUAAGGGAACCAUUCUCAGAAAUAGUGACAGGAAUAGUAUUGGUGAUUGCUGAACACUAAGUUUAAAAAAUAUUAUGUUUAGCUCAUGAAUGAAAAUUGUUUUUAUCUUUUAUGUUCAGGCAGUAUUGACUUCUCAGCUUUCAGAAGGUUUUCACCUUAAGCUCAGUGCAAUGUUUAGCCAAUUGCACAGCAAUUUACAAAGUGUGUUUAGUGUAAACAUUGUUAUUUUACUUUAAAAAUGAAAUACACAAGCUUCUGUAAAAAAAUAUUUUAUUUAAAAAAUACAAUGACUUAAUCCUAAAGCAAAUAAUACAGGCUUAUUUUACUAUUUGUAUAAUAUAUGUAUGUCAAAAAAGCACUGCACCCCUAUUAAAGAUUACAAAGAUGCCUAAAGCAUUAACGAUUGAGAUUUACAAUCAGUCUACUAAGUAUAUAACAUAAAAUAUCAUUUAUUGUAACAGUCAGGCAGACCUAAUGAUCUUAGUAACUGACUUAAACGAUAAUUUGGUUUCAUAAUUGCAUAAGUUUAUAUGAAAUUCUUGUUGAAAUUCUUAAUUCUAUGUAGUAAUAAAAAUCGUUUUGCACUACAAA